UUGGCUGGGAAUAAAGAUCACGUGACGCUAUUGCUUAGAAUUUCUGGGCAAAAAAAAAUCUCCGCUUGCGCGCGCAGCACCACAACCUGCGCAUGCUCAGUACGCUGUAUCGGUUGCUUGUGCCCUAUUGGUUGUUCCUAUGGAGACGAGACUUCGCGUCCCUUCCCAUCAGCUAAAGGAAUGCGGGGAGUCGGCCGGGGCCCUGGGACACCUCGGGAACUGACUGGAGAGCGGGGAAAGUAUCGGGGACUGACUUGUUUCAUACACAGCAGGCAUCCCAAGAAUUUCCACAUUACAGAAAAUGGCAGAGGUAGAAGAAAGACUAGAAACGUUACAGAUCUAUAAAGUUCUUCAGUGUGUUCUGGAUCAAGACAAAGAGCAGAUAGAGAAGCUGAUCAGACUGGGAAUACAAGAUCUAAUAAACUCCACUGAGCCCCGCAAUGGACAUGGAGCCCUACACUUGGCUGCUGCAGCAAAUAACGUAGACAUGUGUCUUUUCUUGCUCAGUUUAGGGGCGCAGCCCAAUAUACAGGACCUAAAAGGUUGCACCCCUGCUAUGAAGGCUACAGAACAUGGCCAUGACCUGGUAUUGGAAGUUCUAGCCAAAGCAGGAGCUGAUAUGUCUAUUGUUAACAACGAAGGGAAAGGGAUUCUCUUUUACUGUAUUUCUGCCACUAAACGACAUUCUCGGUGCCUACAGAUUGCCCUGGACUACGGUGCUGAUGUUAAUAACUGUAGCAUUAAAGGCAUUCCCAUUCUUCUCGCUACAUGUGAGCAAGCGCACGACUGUAAAGCCAUGUGCCUGAAAUUGUUGGAUAUGGGGGCUGAUCCUAAUGCCAGUAACCUGAAAACCGGACGCACAGCUUUAAUGGAAGCAGCAAGAGAAGGGGCCCUGGAGGUGGUUCGGAGCAUCCUGGAGAAAGGAGGAGAUGUUAAUGCUAUAGAUAAUGAGAGAAAUCACGCUGUGCAUUUUGCAGCCAAAGGGGGAUUUUUUGAGUUAUUAAAGGUCUUGUCCGCAUACAAAGCAGACAUGGGAAUAAUUGCAAUGGACGGAAACACAGCACUUCACCAUGCAGCAAGUGGGGGGUUUGCAGAGUGUUGCAGGUUCUUAGGACAGAGAGGCUGCAAUCCUCUGUGGAAGAAUGUAAAAACCUUUACUCCCAAAGAACUUGCCAAAGAAGGGGGGUUCAAAGCCGCAAUGAAGGAAAUAGGAAAAAUAACACGUCUUUUUAAAAAAUAUUCCAAACCCUCGGCACAAAAUCCAAACCCACUAUGGGCGCUUACUCUGCACGACUGGGCGUUUGUACAUGAAGCACUCCUUCGGGAAAAGUUCCAGCUGUUGGACAGAGGUGAUGGGACCAUUGGGAAGGAAGAGUUUGCCUCUGUCCUUGUGGAGACAGGAGCUCCCAUAAUUUCUGAGCAGCUACAGGAUAUUCUGGGUCGUCACGAGAAAGGACGAACUGGGACUCUAAGUCCAGAGGAAUUUUUGAAAGGUUCCAAGUAUCUGCAAAAGGCAUUUUUACUCUCUUCCUAUGGACCCAAAAAGAAAAAGAGCAAGAAGAAAGGCAAGAAAGGGAAAAAAGGAAAACCAUCUCUGCCCAUGCCUAUAUGUACAAUGCCAAGCAACUUCAUUUCACGCCGCGAUGAUGGUGGACCUCCCAAAUUUUUGAUUCCAACUUUUCAUAAUGUCACCGACUUAAAUCGUUUUGACUGGGAUCAUCCUCCCCAAAAUCCUUUAACUGAUGACACAGGCUGGUACAUAGACGAGCCAGAGAAAGUGUACACCCACAUAAAUGUUGCCACCAAGACUGGAGAUAUGGAAUCCCUGAGGAAAGCGUUUGAAGACGGUGUGCCUUUGGAUGUCAAGGAUUUGUUCUACAAAACUCCUCUGAUGUCUGCUUGUGCUUCCGGCAACUUGGAUGUUGUCAAAUAUCUGCUUGAACAAGGUGCUGAUGCCAAUUCCACGGAUAAUUUUCUGUGGACUCCUUUGCACCACGCCUGCCAUGCCAGCCAAGAUGCCAUAGCCGAGCUGCUGCUGAAACACGGUGCCAACAUUGAUGCGCUGGCUUUCAACCAAUCCACUCCAUUAAUGAGGGCUGUUGAAAGUGGGAGCUUGAACUGUGCUCAUUUAUUAAUAAAUUCCGGGGCAAAAGUUCAAAUACAGAAUAAAAAAGGUGAGACAGUUUUAGAUGUUGCAAAGGCUUUCGCUGAUUAUCGGCUGAUAGACAUGAUACAAGCCAAGUUGGACAGUUUGCCAAAACCAAAGGAGAAGAAGGGGAAGAGGAAAGGAAACAUGGAAGGCAAAGCAAAAGCUGCACCCAAAACUCAGAGCCCAGGACCCAGUGAAUCAGCACAAAUGAAACAAGAGGUAAUUGAAACUAAACCUACUGUUCCUCCAAAGGAGAAAAAGAGCAGCAUCAUUCAUCUUAACAGCAUGAUCACGGCAGGAGAAACGAAAAAAGUCGAUAUUACCUUUGUACCCAAAUCGGUCUGGAUUGCAGAACCCACCACUGCAGAUCGAAUGAAAAAAAGAGAAGUGCGACGGGAGAUCUUCUCUUAUGAAGUGGACUUUGAUAACUUCCAGAUGCCUUUUGCCAAGAACCUCACUGAGAAACCUCUAACAACGGCUCCAUCUGUAUAAUAGUAUGUAACGGCACACCAAGCAAUGGAAAGGGAGGCUGCCAACACAUUUAUGGGGAAGAAACUGCUCACAGUGUUAGGAGUCAAGUUUAACCCUAUUAAUAAAUAUGAUAUUGGAAGUA